GAGCCUCUGCUCCUUGGAAUCGCUAGGAGAUGAGCACCUCCCUUAAUUAUAAGUCUUUUUCCAAAGAACAGCAAACUAUGGAUAACUUAGAGAAGCAACUUAUUUGUCCCAUAUGUUUAGAGAUAUUUACGAAGCCGGUGGUUAUCCUUCCCUGUCAACACAACCUCUGCAGAAAAUGUGCCAGUGAUAUCUUCCAGGCCUCAAACCCAUACCUGCCAACCAGAGGAGGCACCACUGUUGCAUCAGGAGGUCGGUUCCGCUGCCCCUCUUGCAGACACGAAGUGGUUCUGGACAGACAUGGUGUGUAUGGUCUUCAAAGGAACCUUUUGGUGGAAAAUAUCAUUGAUAUAUACAAGCAGGAAUCUACCAGGCCUGAAAGAAAAACUGAACAGCCGAUGUGUGAAGAACACGAAGAUGAGAAAAUUAAUAUUUAUUGCCUGAGUUGUGAAGUGCCCACAUGUUCAAUGUGCAAAGUUUUUGGUGCUCAUAAAGAUUGCCAGGUUGCGCCUCUCACAAAUGUUUUCCAAAGGCAAAAGUCUGAUCUCAGUGAUGGUAUUGCAGUAUUAGUGGGAAGUAAUGACAGAAUACAAGGAAUUAUAAAUCAGUUGGAGGAAACCUGCAGAACAGUUGAGGAAUGCUGCAAAAGACAAAAGGAGCAAUUAUGUGAAAAAUUUGAUUAUUUGUAUGCCAUACUAGAAGAUAGAAAAGGUGAGAUGACGCAAAUAAUCACUCGGAGUCAAGAGGAGAAAUUGGAACAUGUCCGGUCUCUGAUUAAAAAGCAUUCAGACCAUUUGGAGGCAGUAUCCAAACUGGUGGAAUCAGGCAUCCAAUUCAUGGAAGAACCAGAAAUGGCCGUAUUUUUACAGAAUGCCAAAGCGUUGCUACAAAAAAUUACUGAAGCCUCUAAAGCAUUUCAGAUGGAAAAAAUAGAGCCUGGCUAUGAAAACCUGAGCCACUUCACAGUCAGCCUCAACAGAGAAGAAAAGAUAAUACGAGAAAUUGAUUUUUACAGAGAGGAAGAAGAUGAGGAGGAAGAUGCUGUUGAAGGUGAAGAAUUUGAUGAAGUCCACACAGAGUCAUCUGGUGAGGAGGAUGAAGUGUCUGAACUGCCAUCUCAGCAGCCCCAACAGGAUACUCCAGCAAAGGACACAUCGGCUGUACCUCAGACUAACUCAGCACCAUCACUGCCACCUCCACCAUCAGAUGCUGCCACCACUACACCUAAUCAAGGCGAAGUUGUGCUGGUUACUACUCAACAGCCUGCUGAACCAGAAGGUGUUAUGCAAUCAAAUGGAGAGCUGACCGAUCCUUUGCUUUACCCUAGCUGGUAUAAGGUUCAGCCACAGCAAACAAGCAAUCCAAAUACAGUCCCAGUGGCCGAAAACAGGCAGGUAGGGCCUUCUGUUCCUGUAGAGGUGAAUGUAAAGAAGACAGAGACAGCUACAGCCAAUGGGAGCUCUGCUGUGAGUGGUAAGGAAGCAAACACACCCGCGGCUACUUCGCAGGCUGGGUCUGACCCAUCCUCGCAAGAACAAGGAGAAAGACCGCCUGGGAGCAAUGAAAGAGCGGAAGAGCCUGCUCGUCAUGUCUUCUCUUUCUCCUGGUUGAACUCAUUGAAUGAAUGAUAACUCUCGAUCCAGCUGACUUCUGGUAUACAUUCUGAAGGAAUUCACAGGCAGCAAAUGACUUGGAUGGAAGUGACAAGAAAUAGUAUUUUAAAAGGGAUGGAGGAUCCGAUUUUAUCCACAGAACUUUGUUUGAAAACUCUCACC